AUGGAAAGAGUGUUUUCAAUUGCAGAAAUUACUGAACAAUAUUGGUUAACUUCUAAGGCUUGUAAAGAAGGAGAAUCAAAGAUGAAUAGAAGUGAUUCUGAAUGGGCUUUUCAACAGUUUCUUCAACAACAAGAACAAGAAGCUGCAAAUACUUCUGUUGCAAAGCCUUGUUCUUCAUCUUCAACUUCAACUUCUACUUCUUCUUCCAACGUUGAUCUCAAACUCAAAAUCAAUAACAAUAAAAAUAGUAAUGAUAAUAAUAUCAACGAUUCUCAGGAUUACUAUGCUAUUCUCAAAACCAAGCUCGAUCUCGCCUGCGCCGCAGUCGCCAUGUCUCGGGGAUCUUUGGUGAAAUCUCAGGAACCUGACAAUGGAUCCCAUGCACCUUAUACUUCUGAACUUGGACCUUCUGGAAAUGAUUCAUCUAAAUUGCUAAAUAAAGAUGUGAUGAAAGUAGGUCAAAAGAAGCCUGUUGUUUCAAUCAGGUCAACAACAAGUGGUUCAUCAGAUGAUGAAGAAGCUGAGGGAGAGAUUAAUAUGAAUGGUGACACGAAUCCUUCUGAUGCAAAAAGAGUAAGAAGGAUGCUCUCUAAUAGGGAGUCUGCUAGACGUUCGAGACGAAGAAAACAAGCGCAUUUAUCUGAGCUUGAAACACAGGUUUCUCAAUUGAGAGGUGAAAAAUCUUCAUUGUUAAAGAAUUUAACAGAUGUGACUCAAAAGUACAAUGAUUCUGCUGUUGACAACAGAAUAUUAAAAGCUGAUGUUGAAACCUUAAGAGCAAAGGUGAAGAUGGCUGAAGAGACGGUUAAAAGAUUUACCGGAUUGAAUCCGAUGUUUAAUGAAAUAUCUGAGUUAUCAUCAAUGGGAAUGGGAAUGUCAUUAUUUGAUGGAAGUCCUUCUGAGUCAUCAGCUGAAGCAUCUAUGCCUGAAGGUUCCAAUAAUCACUUCUGUCAACCAGCUUCUAAUAAUCUUACGUCCAGUCAUAAUAUAAGAGCUGAAAAUAUGCAGAAGACUGCAGCGGGGAACAAGAUAGGGAGAACAAACUCCUUGCCGCGAGUGGCUAGCUUGGAACAUCUUCAGAAUCGGAUUCGCGGUGGUGCUGAUGAAGAGAAGUGA